AUGGGAGAAAGUGCCGAGCAAAAGUACUACACUCUGGCUGAAGGAUGCCCCUUCGCCAGCAAUGCCACGGCAUUGGAGUUACGCAGCGGCAACGCCGCUCUCGGUCUGCUGCAGGACACGCAGCUCAUCGAGACACUUGCCCAUUUCUCUCGGGAACGAAUUCCGGAACGGGUUGUGCAUGCCAAAGCCGCAGGAGCAUAUGGCGAAUUCACUGUGACCCGCGAUUGCACGGACAUUACGUCUGCAAGCUUUCUUAACCGCGUUGGCAAGACAACCCCAGUUCUGUGGCGGGUGUCGACUGUUGGCCCUGAAGCUGGGUCUGCGGACACGACGCGCGAUGUCCACGGCUGGGCGAUGAAGCUGUAUACAGAUGAGGGGAACUUGGACUGGGUGUUUAAUAAUACUCCUGUGUUUUUCAUCCGGGACCCGAUCAAGUUUCCCUCUGUGAACAGAUCGCACAAGCGGCAUCCGCAGACUCAUCUUCCUGAUUCUGACAUGCAUUCUCACUGUGAUAGCUUCCAUUCUGGAAAUCCAGAAGGAUUCCACCAGCUCAUGCAUUUAUUCAGUGACAGGGGAACACCCGCGUCUCUGCGCCACAUGAAUGCCUACAGUGGUCACACUUACAAGUUCACAACCGCAGAUGGAGGGUUCAAGUAUAUCAAAGUCCAUGUUAAGACAAAUCAGGGAGUGAAGAACUUCACAGCCGAAGAAUCCCAGCGCAUUGCCGGCGAGAACCCUGACUUCUUGAUCCAGGAUAUGUUUGAAGCUAUUGAGCGAGGGGACUAUCCCACUUGGACUGUAUAUGUGCAAGUCAUGGAUCCUAGCGAGGCCGACAACUAUCGGUGGAAUAUAUUUGAUAUGACCAAGGUCUGGCCGCAUCAGGACUUUCCGCUUCGUGAGAUCGGGAAGUUGACCCUGAAUCGCAAUCCCAACAACUACUUUGCGGAUAUUGAGCAAGCAGCCUUUUCUCCGUCCACUAUGGUACCAGGAUGGGCGCCCUCCGCUGACCUAGUCCUGCAAGCUAGACUAUUUGCGUACUCUGACGCAGCUCGAUACCGCUUGGGCGUGAAUUACCAGAUGCUCCCUACAAAUGCAGCCAAGUCGCCGGUGUACUGCCCCUUCCAGCGCGACGGCAAGAUGAACUUCUCCAGCAAUUACGGGGGUGACCCUAACUACGUUGGCUCUUCGCUGAAGCCAACGUGCUUCUAUCAAGAUGUCAAGGGCACGGGUCCGAAAGCCCACAGUCUGCACACUGAGCAUGAGAAGUGGGUUGGCGAGGUUGUGACUUUUACAAGUCAUAUAACAGAUGAUGACUUUGAACAGCCUGCUGCAUUGUGGGAGGUAAUUAAAAAGGAGCCGGGUCAUGAGCAACGGUUCUAUAAUAAUAUCGCUGGUCAUUUGAGUAAGGUUAAGAAUGAUCGGCUGCGAAUGGAGGUAUACCACUGGUUUGGUCGAAUUCAUCCAGAGCUUGCGGACGGUAUCAGGAAGGCUACCAUGGCAGCUAUGGAAUCGUAAUUCAGAUGUCACUAAAAUGCUAGGUUCCGUUAUGUUAUUGCUUGUCGUGGUAUUAGUAUUCAUAAUGGAACUACUGUUCAAUAACCGCGUCGGAACUUCAAUAUUCAAUUGCAAUAACCAGUCUGGAGUAUAGUAAUUGA